UCUGUGCCGUGUCGGUACCGUAUCGGUGCCAUAUCGGUGCCGUGUCGGUGCCGUAUCGGUGCCGUGUCGCCGCCGUGCGGUGACGUCGCGCAGUGAGUCACGGCGCCGUGAUGCAGUGCCCGUACCGCGGCUCUCCCCUCCCUUCCCCCCCACCUCCGUCUGCUGCCCCCGCCCCGCCCCGGCACCGGGGACAGCGGCAUUGGGGAGCACGGCAGGCGGUGAGCUCAGAGGCACCGGGGACGGGGGGAGUGGGGGGGGUAGGGCGGUGCUGCGGGGCACAGCGCUGCCCCCUCCUCACCCCAUCCCCAUUAACCCUUCGCAGGCCGCCCCCCCUCACCGCCCGCUUCUCACCCGGGGGGACGACGGCUGUCAGCACGCUGCUGCGCUGCUUCUUCCCCUGCGAGCGGCUGUGCGGGGGCUGCACCAUGCCCCCCGCACCCCCGCGACCCCCCGGGGCGCUGCCGCCCGCCGUGCCCCCCGCCCGCCGCCACCGGGUCCCCGCCGCCGCUCGUCUGCCUCCCCGGACCUUCCACAGCUACUUACCGCGCUCCCACCGCACCUACAGCUGCGUACAUUGCCGUGCACACCUGGCCAGGCACGAGGAGCUCAUCUCCAAGUCCUUCCAGGGCAGCCAUGGCCGUGCCUACCUGUUCAACUCGGUGGUUAAUGUGGGCUGCGGCCCGGCUGAACAGCGCCUGCUGCUCACUGGGCUCCACUCUGUGGCUGACAUCUUCUGCGAGAGCUGCAAAACCACGCUGGGCUGGAAAUACGAGCAGGCAUUCGAGAGCAGCCAGAAGUACAAGGAGGGGAAGUUCAUCAUCGAGAUGUCACACAUGGUGAAGGAGAACGGCUGGGACUGAGCAGCACGGCAGGGACACCACGGCGACACCUACCCUGGCAGGCACCUGGCACUGGACUACUGACAUGGGCCCUCCCCACUUUGCUCUUCAGUGGAAGCACCCCAUGCCAGCCUGUGUCACCCGCUGGGGUGGGGGCAUGGGGCCCGUCACCAGCACAGAGGCUGCGGGCAGCUUUUCUAGCAGAAUAAAAGCUUUUUGUAGGAA